ACGAUCUAGGCGGACUCGUGUUGUCAAGGUGACAAGGAUCAACAGUGCAUACUUCUCCCUAUGCAGACUCACCUCGAAGUCAGACGGUAAAAAGCUCCUCAAGAAAACCCGCUGGUUUGACUACUAAAACGAUCCAAUUUUACGGCUGACACGAUGACUCAAAGACAGAUCGUCCAAGUUUUUGAGCAGUAUAAUAAAUCAAGAAUGCAGUUUGUGCAAACGGUUGCUGAUCUGGCAGACCGGCCACAAAACAUUGAAAUCCUCCAAAAAGCAGGUGUCAUGUCAAUGCUGAGGCCCCUGAUGCUGGAUGUGGUUCCCGGCAUCCAGCAGAAGGCUGCCCUUGCCUUGGGCCGCCUGGCGGUCCACAACGCUGACCUGGCUGACAAUUUAGUGAAGGAAGACAUCCUGCCCCAGCUCAUCCGCUCGCUUACCAUACAGAACAGGUUGUAUAAGAAAGCAGCUGCGUUUGUGCUACGUGCUGUGUCCAAACACUCUCCUGAGCUUGCUAAGGCGGUGGUGGCCAACGGAGGUGUGGACGCGCUCGUUCUCUGUCUGGAGGACUUUGACCCCGGUGUGAAGGAAGCCGCCGCCUUGGCUCUGGGCUUCAUUGCACGACAUAAUGAUUCCCUGUCCCAGUCCAUUGUGGAUGCAGGUGCAGUCCCCAUGCUGGUGUUGUGCCUCUUGGAGCCCGAGAUUGCCCUCAAACGCACGGCGGCCUCGGUGCUCAGCGACAUUGCCAAACACACGCCGGAAUUAGCCCAAAUUGUGGUGGAAGCUGGCGCCAUUGCACAUCUGGCGCAGAUGAUCCUCAACCCAGACACCAAACUCAGGAGGCAAGUAUUCUCCGCUUUGGGUCAGAUCAGCAAACACUCGGUGUGCCUGGCCGAGAUGGUGAUCGAGGCCGAUGUCUUCCCUGCAGCCAUGAUGUGCCUCCGGGAUCCGGACGAGUGCGUCAAAAAUAAUGUCACCAUCCUGAUGAGAGAGGUGGUCAAACACACCCCUGAGCUAUCGCAGGUAAUAGUAAACUGCGGCGGCACGGCCGAAGUCAUCACCUACCUCGGCGAGUGUCGUGGAAGUCUGAGGUUGCCGGGGAUCAUGAUGUUGGGAUAUGUGGCGGCGCAUAGUGAGCACUUGGCCAUGGCUGUUAUUCUCUCCCAAGGGUUGCUCCAGCUGGCUUUGUGUCUAUCAGAGGAGACGCAACACCACAUCAAGGCCGUGACAGCCUGGUGCAUCGGCCAGAUAGGACAUCACACCCCUGUACAUGCCAAGGCUGUCGCCACUGCCAACCUGCUGCCCAAAUUGCUGCAACUCUACAUGGAUGCCAACAGUUCCGAGGACCUGCAGACAAAAAGUAAGAAGGCUCUGAAGAUGAUCUUACAGAAGUGUACCGACUUGCCAGCGCUGGAGUCCCUCCUCUACGAUGCACCUAGCAACAUUAUCAAACAUGUUGUCUGCCAGUUCAGCAAGGUAUUACCUCAUGACAGUCUAGCGCGUCGUUCAUUUGUGACCAGCGGAGGUUUAAAGAAAGUGCAAGAGAUCCAGGCGGAGCCCGGCUCCGUUCUUCAGGAACACAUUAAUUCUAUCAACAGCUGCUUCCCAGAGGAGAUAGUCAGGUAUUACACUCCAGGCUAUUCAGAAGUGUUGUUGGAGCGCUUAGAGAACUUUAAGAUCUCCUGAGACCAUCUGGCAUCCCCCUCCCCGUUUAUUCCUUGUUUUUUAUAUUCACCAAUUAAAACAAAAACCAGACAUUUGGUUAACUGCUUCAUAUGACAA